UCUUUAUCAAACAAUUUGUGAAAAUUAAUCGAAAAACCGGCCGUUAAUGAUGAAAAAUUAGUUUAUAAAAGUUUUACAAAGUAGUGAAUCGAUUAUUUUUGACAAUAGUGAAGCGUAGAAAAUUUAUUAAAACCUCCUCAGUAUUUUAUAAGUCAUUGUGUGUGUCCAUGUAUGGUCUGAUUUGUUGCAUCAUGAAACAAAUUUACAAGAUGACAUCUCGUAAAGAUGGUUUUAUUUAAAACAGCUAUAAAGUCUUUUAAAGAUUAUUCUACAGUUUAAACUAAUAUUCUGGAUUGGAGAGAAUGUUGAGACAACUUAAAUAUAUUAAAUCAAUCAUGAGAUAUGCCCAUGGAUCUUCACCUGGCCUCAUAUUGAGCGACAGCUGCGUCAAGAAGCUGAAGGAGAUAUCGGAUGGACAAGCGUUGAGGAUAAUGGUCGAGGGUGGUGGUUGUUCAGGCUUUCAGUACAAGUUUUCGCUCGACAGCGAUAUCCGAGAGGACGACAAGGUCUUCGAAAGCCAAGGGGCCAAGGUCGUAGUUGAUGAUAUGUCGCUCGAGUAUAUAGACGGUGCGGUAGUCGACUAUCAAUCAGAGCUCAUUAGGUCUUCAUUUCAAGUCAUUAACAACCCCAAAGCCGAGAAUGGCUGCUCCUGCGGGGCAUCGUUUUCAAUGAAAAUUGAUUAAACUUUACAAAUGUUAUACCUCUAGAAUAAUAAAAUGUAUAUAGUAUAA